CACACGCCCGGGGUGGGGGGGGGUGGAGGGAGUUCCGCUCUGGCUGACCGGGCGUCUCAGCCACCUCCUCCUCCUUCAUAGGCGAGUCGCGUGGGCGCCACCCUCAGCUCGCAGCAGCAGCAGCGGCAGCGGCCACUUUGUCAGGGACUGCAGCAGCAGCGGCCACUUUGUCAGGGACUGCAGCAGCAGCGGCAGCGGCCACUUUGUCAGGGACUGCAGCAGCGGCAGCGGCCACUUUGUCAGGGACUGCAGCAGCAGCAGCAACAACAGCGACACACGAGGAGUCGACACGACCUCUCCACUGGGAUACACACGCAGUUACUCGAAAACCAUGAAAGCCGCGGUCACUCUCCUCGUCUUCUUGCUGGCACUUCUGGGCCCCAGCCACGCGUCAAAUGCCACCUUCUUCAUCACGGCGCCCUCGACCAUCCGGCCCGGGCAGGGCCUCGCCCUGAGCAUCUCCCUCCUGAACGGCGGCGGUGGCAAGGGGGACGUCACCGUGGUGGCCAACGUCACCGCCGACGGCCAAGAGGUCCUCAGGAAGCAGGCCGUGCUCUCCAGAGGCACCACGACUGCCCUCGUCCUUCCUGCGCUGCCUCUGACGGCCAGCCCGGGGCUCUAUGAGCUGUGGGUCCACGGCGUCGACUCCUCGGGGCUCCUCUUCGUCAACAGUUCCACGCUGAUCUUCGACAGCCAAGCGCUGCUGCUCUUCGUGCAGACGGACAAGGCCGUCUACAAGCCGGGGCAGACGGUGCACUUCCGCGCGUUCUCCGUGGACUCUAGUCUGCGGCCUCACCUCGGUGGCGCCUACGACAUCGAGAUUCAGGACCCAGUGGGCAACCGGGUGCAGCAGUGGCGUGGCCUGACCUCUGCCAGCGGUGUGGUGAGCGCGGACUUCCCGGUGUCCGACCAGCCCCUGCUGGGGCAGUGGCAGAUCAUUGUGCACGGCGAGGGGGUGGACAAAGAGCAGCCCUUCACCGUGGCGGAGUAUGUGCUGCCUAAGUUCGAGGUGCUUCUCAAGCUGCCGUCGUUCGUGGCCAGGGAGGAUGGCCAAGGGGUUUCUGGGACUAUCGAGGCCAAGUACACGUACGGCAAGCUGGUGCGAGGGAAUGCAACCGUCACCCUCAUCAUUGGGAAUCCGAGGCCCUGGGAGUGGCAGCCGAGCUUGAACCUCACCAUUAGGAACUUGAAGCUGGAUGGGAACGCCGGCUUCGCGUUCUCCUCGGACGAGGUGAAGGCACUCGUCGCCGACAGCUUUGUGCCCGACACCUACACCAUCGAGGCCCAUGUCACGGAGCUGCUGACUGGCAUCACGCAGAGCGGAGGGGGCUCGGUGAAAACGCCAGAGUACCGCGUCGACGUGCAGUUCGUCAACUCGCCGCUCUCCUUCAAGGCCGGCCUCAACUACACGGCCUACGUUCACCUGUCCCUGCCAGACGACUCUCCGCUGCUGCCCAGGGACCUGGAGUCGCCGCUGCUGGUGCAGGUGUCGCAAAGCAACCUGUCGUCGGCGCUGCUGUCGAGCUGGGAGCAGAACUACACCGUCCCCGCCAGUGGCGUCGUGGCCGUGCACUUCUCAGUGUUGCCCGACGCCGAUUCCGUCUACGUGAACGUCGUCUACAAGCAGCAGAAAAACAAUCUGCAGCUGAACAAGGAGAGCAGCACCAGGUCGGGGGAGUCCAUUCAGCUCUCGUCGGCAAACUCCAAAGCACAGGCUGGAGAGCCCCUGCAGUUUUCUGUGACCAGCACAGAGCACGUGGAGGAGUUUUUUUACCAGGUGGUUUCUCGCGGGAACAUAGUGGCGACGGGCAAGGUGAACUCCAACACCUUCCAGCUAUUGCCGACGAGCGCGUGGGCGCCCAGCGCGCACGUGGUGGUGCACUACGUGCGCGACGACGGCGAGGUCGUGCCCGCCUCCGUCACGUUCGACGUCGCCGGGAUUUUUGAGAACAAGGUGGUGCUCAACUGGACCGCGGAGAUGGCGACGCCGGCCAGCUCAGUGUCUCUGAAGGUGUCUGCAUCCGAUGCCGAGGCCUUCGUUGGCGUGUUGGUGGUGGACAAGAGCGUUCUGCUUCUCAAGACCGGGAACGACAUCACGGCUGACUCGGUGACAUCUGCCGUGUCGGCCAUGGCAAGCACCAGCCGUGGGGGGCCGUUCGAUGCUGUCCCCUGGGGGCGCUUCAUGCCGCUCUUCUGGCUGCCCAACCCCUCCGACUCGCUGUCCACAUUCACCGAAGCCGGCCUCGUGCUUCUGACCGAUGCCUACGUGCACCACCCCGAAUUCUUCCUCGUUUACAAAGAAGAUUUCCGCCCACUGGGUGGCGCGAUGAACAUGAUGCCUGUCGCCACGGGCGCUGGUGCCGCCCCAGCGGAGAGAGUCCGCACGCUCUUCCCUGAGACGUGGAUCUGGGCCGACGGCGAGACGGGCAAAAAUCGGUCAAAGACGUUCACAGCCACGGUGCCCGACUCCAUCACCUCUUGGGUCGCGUCGGCCUUCUCGGUCUCAAGCAGCUUGGGGCUCGGUGUGGCCGACACUGCACAGCUGCUCGCGUUCCAGCCGUUCUUCGUGUCGCUGAACCUGCCGUACUCGGUGGUGCGUGGGGAGCAAUUUGUCGUGCAGGCCCUGGUGUUCAACUACCUGGACACGGACCUGCAGGUGCGCGUGACGCUUGACCCGAGCGACGCGUACGUGGUCCUCGUGGACACCAACGAGGUGGGCGCCAUCCCCAACGAGCAGCUGGUGACCGUGCGCAGCCAGGACGCCGCCACGGUCUCCUUCCCCGUGUCGCCGGCGCUGCUCGGCCUCGUGCCCAUCACCGUGCGCGCUCGCGCCGCCACCGCCGCCGAUGCCAUGACGCAGCAGCUCCUCGUCAAGGCGGAAGGGGUGGAGCGCUCGUUCUCGAAGACGCUGCUGCUGCAGCGCUCGGGCGGCGACGCCGUCACCCAGGGAUCGCUGGUGUUCCCUUUCCCGAGCGGCGUGGUCGAGGGCAGCCAGAGGGCUACGCUCACCAUCAUCGGCGACAUCAUGGGUCCGUCCAUCUCGGGGCUGGAGCGCCUGGUGCAGAUGCCGUAUGGCUGCGGAGAACAGAACAUGAUCAACUUCGCUCCCAACAUCUACGUCAUCAAGUACCUGACGGCCACGGGCCAGGGCGGAGGGGAGAUCAGGCAGAGGGCGCUCUCCUUCAUGAACACCGGCUACCAGCGGGAGCUGACCUACCAGAGGCAGGACGGCUCCUUCAGCGCCUUUGGGAACGAAGACGCCUCCGGCAGCACGUGGCUGUCCGCGUUCGUGCUGCGCUGCUUCCUGCAGGCGCUGCCGUACGUCUUCAUCGACCCUGUUGUGGUUGCCGAGACCCACGUCUGGCUGAUGUCCCAGCUCAACGGCAGCACGGGGGUGUUUGCCGAGCCGGGCCGCGUCAUCCACGCCGAUAUGCAGGGCGGCUCGUCGGGCCCGCUCAGCCUCACGGCCUACGCGCUCGUGGCCCUGCUGGAGCAGCCCUCCCACAUGGCCUCGCAGCUGCAGAGCGACGUGUCGGCCAGCGUGCGCUUCCUGGAGACGAGCCUGAGGGCCGGCAUCGCGGCAAACCACACGCUGGCGCUCACCGCCUACGCGCUCUCGCUCGCCAACAGCACGGCCGCCCCCGCCGCGCUGCAGGCCCUCAACAGCCGCGCCGCCACCGCAGGUGAGGUCAAGUUCUGGACGGCCCCCGUGUCCAGCGAGUUCGAGGAGAUGUGGCAGCCUCGCUCGGCCGACAUCGAGAUGACGUCGUACGCGCUGCUCGCUCACCUGCACCAGGGCAAUGUCACCGAAGGGAUUCCCAUCAUGAAGUGGCUGAGUCAGCAGCGGAACCACCUGGGAGGAUACUCCUCCACACAGGACACGGUGGUAGGCCUGCAAGCCCUCUCCGAGUUUGCCGCCCGCACGACCGGGAGUCGCUCCAACCUGCAGGUCCGGGCCACCUCCAAACUGCUCACAGGGCCGCUGUCGUUCACCGUCAACUCGGCCAACGCCCUGGUCCUGCAGAGAGCAGAGAUCCCGGUUUCGCCAGAGAUCAACGUAGCCCUUUCUGCAACGGGCGCCGGCUUUGCUGUUGCGCAGCUGAACGUGUUUUACAAUCUCAAGAUGUCCGGCGGUCGUGCUAAACGCUCGGCCGACCAGACUGACGCCUUCGAGCUGACCAUCGACCCCCACAUCCUGGACCUGAACAACGUGGAUGUUAACGUGUGUGUUCGCUGGGCUGGCACAGGCAGCAGUGGCAUGGCUCUGCUGCAGGUGAACAUGCUGAGCGGGUUCGUGGCUGACUCCGACUUUCCCAAGCCCCAGGUGGUGAAGCGUGUGGAGGUGGAUGGAGGCAAAGUGAACCUCUACCUGGACUCGCUGAACGGGACGCUCGUGUGCGUCACCAUCCGGAGCACUCGCGUGCAGACGGUCGGCAGUGCGCAGGAGGCGCAGGUGUCCAUCACCGACUACUACGAGCCAAGGCGGAGGACCGAGCGCUCCUACUCCUCCGGGUACCUGGCGUCCGUCUCCGUGUGCGAGCUGUGCGGCGCCAACUGCAAGGACUGCAACGAGAAGCUGGCGGGCGGCGGCGGCGCCCGCACCGCCGCCCUCUCCGCCGCCUCCCUUCUCGCCGUGCUGCUCUCCAUCUUCCUCCUGGACUAGCGCCCUCCCCCUGGCGCUGCCCGCCAGCUGACGGCGACGGAGGGGGGGGACCGCGCGGCAGGCUCCGCUCGGUCUGUCGGGAGCCGAACGCUGCUGUGCUCUGCCGCGUGCUCGCCGUGCCGGUCUGCGCGUGGGGUCCUUGGCACUUGGGCAAUGUAAAACUUCUGUCUCUCAGAAGUUUUACAUUGUCAAGCGAUCGGUCGGUCCCCCCCCCCCCCCCCCCCCACAGCUGCGUGGCGACUGGGUGCGUGUUGACGAUGUCCGCUGUGUUUUUUGUUGCUGUGCGUGAUGCCGGUGGCGAGUGUCCUGUGACGAGCGCUGCCGUCUUUGCGCUGCCUGUCAGGCUUUACUGGACGAGCUGUUGGCCCCAGCACGUCCGUGGAGGUACUGGCCCAUGGGGGGCCCUAAGCAGAAAUUAUUUUGGAGGAAGUCGGUGACCCCUCCCCCAUUUCCAACUUAAACACUCCUGGUGUGACGAAAGACACGGAUUCAGUGAGAAGACAGAAAUUUUGAAAUUACCGAGCUCCAUACAAUGUCGAGAUAAUGAGUGAUUUAGUUGUCAUUUUUAUGUUUCAAGCUUAGUGCAUCUCUAUUUUCUUUACUCCAAGGCUCUUGAGCUUCUUGGGGGCCCGAAGCGUUGCUUGGCUUUUGCUUCCGCUGAGCGCCGCCACGGUCUCCGUAAGGUGCGUGUUGGCCAACCGCGUUGGCUCGCCAGUGGUUUAUUCAUGAUGCGUGCCACCAGUCGGCAUGCUGUGUUGCCCGAUUUUGUCUGUAAUAUAAUUUGGCCGACGUAACCACAGACGUUAGCGUACAGGCGAUGCAAAUGCAGGAACGGCAUUUCUGUAUCGCUGCGUUCUGUCUCCCCAUUAACGUAAAACCGUGACAUGUUAAUUCAAUAUUAUCCAGCAGCAACUUUUUUUGUCGCGCACACUCCAGACCGUUUGACCAUCUGGGUCUCAUCAGCAGGCCGCACUUGUCAAACAAAUGCUGCUGGGGUGCCAGAAGUUAUUGGCAAGAGCCCGCUAUCUAAACGGUUGAUCCCUGUUCAUGACAAAUCCAUGUUGUAUAGAAACUCCUGUGGCGGUGUUGGGUAGCCGUUCUGAGUAAUUUUAUAAAUAAAAAUAAUGUUUUAGACCUCUGCAUUUUUUCUUACCAGAGCAUAUGCUGCUGCACAGUAACACGUGAUGAGUUUGUGUGCGGUCAGCACCACGGUGAGUUGUUCCCUCUGUGGGUGUCGUCCCCUCUCCGCUCAUCGCCGCAAACGAUUCCUGAAUGUACCCUCGCGUUCGGCUGCAGAGUCCGUUGCGUUUUUAAUCUUCACAGAAUUGUUACGAUUGUCCGAUACUGGGUAUUCUCAGCCUUUUAGUAACAAACACGGAGAAUUCUAGCUCUGAGCACGCGUGGUUUAGUGAGCAAGGGUUGUUUGUGGCGACUUCUCGUCUCCAAGCACCUUUGGAGUUGUACAUCUUUUGACAAAUUCCUCGCGUUAUUCUCUCAGUUUCAUCGUCGUUUUCACACGGAGAGCUGGGACUGUGCACUGGACCUAAAUAAACUUAUUUGAAACGA